GAGGGGAGAGAUUUCUCGCAACGGCCAAUCAAGACGGUCUUUAGAUUUCUCUCUCCCUCCUUCUCUCUCUUCCGCCCACGUCCCUCCCUCUUUGUCCUUUCUUCUCAAUUGUGUCCUCCCCACCACCACCAUUGUAUCUUCCCGCUCUCCGCAGCUCCCUUCCUUCCGAUAUCCCCCCUCCUCCUCGCCAUAUCUUCAGCAUCAGCUUACCAAUUGAACACCCAGAAAAAUAAUAAUAAUUAAUACAGCAGGAUGCCGUUACUACUGCUGGCAGUGCCGCUGCAAAAGUCAUGGUUCGGUAUCCAUUACUGGAAGACGCCUUCGAUCAUGGACUUGCCCGUAGAGCUGGAGUACAUUUCAUAUCAAGAACUCGAGAACAGGUUCACACGGCUUAAUAAGAUUGCUCGGCCCGUGUACCCGACCCUAUGGCCGAGCAUUCUCAUGUUCAUUGUCUUUGUGGGACUCUUCACGACCGCAGCGAUCGGGAUCUCCAAAACGGGGACAGCCCUGUCGAUCAUGAGCCAGGGUGCAUGCUUUGUCCUCCCCAUCAUUGCCGUCCUCUGGAUCAGGAUCCGCAAGGAGACCAAGGCUAGAGCGCGUAAGAAGGUACCGUAAGGAGAGGAAUUUCUUUGAUUUCUUUUAGCCGAGGUUACCCAG